UACCCGAAUGUUCAAGUAAGGCAGACAUCAAAACAAAUGUAAAUAUUUCAACGGGACUUGCGAACGGUAACAGCUUUUUCACAAAGUCGUCAGCUUGCAUUUAUGGAAAUUGGAACAUUACCCACGAAAACACACCAAUAGAAAGAUCUCAAUGGACAGUAGGAAUAUUCAACGGAUCCGAACCAGGGGAUGGAGUGUUUGACUUGAGUUCAGAGAGCCCUUGGAUUGAUGUUGGUAAAGAAAACAAAGGCAUUUACUGUCUACCGGUCGGAAAAGGAUUGAAUACAAUGUAUGCUUAUUCGCUGUAUCUAAAAAUAUGGCUUAAUGCUACCACAUUUGAAACAUAUUCAUCCAAGCCGUUAGCAGUUGAUCACACACCACCUUCUAUACGAAGGGGCCGAUAUAUCAAGGAUUCGAACAUCUUUUGUCAAUUGGAUUUUGAUGUCAUUGAUUGGACUGAAAAUAUCACCGCAUGUUGGGAUGGUGUAUUCAGCGAACAACAAAGUACCAUUACAUAUUACAAUGUAUCACUAGGAACAAGCGUCAAAGGCAACGACAUUGUCCAAGUAUCAAACGUUGGAUUAUCUACGAAUUUUACGGUAACUCGUGUCAGACUCGAGCCUGGAAUCAAGUAUUUCUUUACCGUAACUGCUGUGAACAUAUUAGGACUAAACUCACAAAAAAGUUCUGAUGGGUUUCUCAUCGAUACUGAUAAUCCGAUUCAUGGUGUUGUAUACAAUACAGGUCGAUUUAUGGACAGUAGCUUCCAAGGAGAGGCCGAUAGCUUAAAUAUUUCUUGGACAGGGUUUGUUGAUCAUUAUUCAGGAAUCCAAAGUUAUUAUGUUGCUUUAGCUGAAGUUAACGAAACGCUUAAUCAAGGAGAUUUUGUAAAUGUUGGUUUGCAAACUACUUACUCGUUUCGGAAUUUGAUUUUGCAACACGGCCACACAUACAUCAGUUACGUCAAGGCUGUUGAUUCGGUAAAACACUACAGUAAUGUUUCUGCAACACCCGCUAUAACUAUUGAUACGACCCCUCCAGCUGGCUUCUAUUGCAGAAAUUAUAAUGAAAUAAUGAGAGACACUUUUAUGGUUGAAAGAGUACGUCUCAUUGAAUUUCCUUAUUCAUUUCGUAAAGACGGACUCUAUCGAGCCAUUGGUUAUUUAGAAAGCGGUGUUAAUGAUUUCCGUGUAACGAUUCAAUCUGGAUACUUACAUUUUUCCUUACCCAUUGUGACCAAUCAUAACGGAUCGAUAUAUUUCGAGUAUGAUUUUUCACCAUCCGAAUCUUUGAAUGAAACCUUAUACAUAAACAUCUUCGGAAAGAAUGCAACAGUUUACAUGACCCUCUUUGAAUGUGAUGCAAAAGUUCAAUCAAAUGAAAAUGUUGUAAGAGUUUCUCAGCUGGUUGGCUCGGAAAUAGCUGUAUCAGUGAAUGUUGAAGACAAGGAGAGUAAAAUAAAACAGGUUCUGUUAGGUGUUGGAACAUAUCCAAAUUCGUUUCAAAUUGUUCCUCUCCAUCAAGUUCACUGUGUAAACAUUCAUUUGUUAAACAUCGAUGGCGUUUCCCACAGCACACCAUUAUUCGUAACAGCAAUAGUGGAUAACCAUGCUGGUUUAAGGUCAACCUUUUCAUCGAUACCGAUCGUCGUUGACAGAACAGGUCCAGUGAUAUCGUUGUUGGAAUUUAAUACCAUAUCUUUCUUGGAUACAGCUGCAAAUGGGACUGUAGAAACAACAGUUAAUAUUUCUUGGAGUGCGAUGGACAACGAAUCUGGGCUAAAGUCAUGUUAUGUUGGAAUAGGAAAUACAGUCAAUGAUAACAACGUUUUAAAGGCUACGUAUGCGCCGGGAACAAUGUUUACAACAAUCAUGUUAAAUUUAGCACAUGGAACACGCAUGAUAGCGAAUAUAAGAUGUGUCAACAAGGUAGAAAUAGCUUCAGCUAUGUCAUCAAGCACCCAAUAUGUGUUGUAUUCGAAACCAGACAUGAACUCGGUGUAUUUGAAUGUAAUCGCUGACAAUGAAAUGUCUACAGAUUGCAACAUGAAACACGUUUUCUCUGAAGGUCCUGUAAGCAUUGCGCCAACUGCGUCGCCUUCUUGUCCCCUUUAUCUUCAAACGAACGACUCCUCGAUUAAGCUUGAAUGGUCUGGAAGGACUGAUAAGCUAUAUAUUGAACGAUUUGAGUUCAAAGUAGCGAAGAACGAAAAUGAAACGAUUAUAGACUGGACAAGCUGUGGUUUAUAUAGAAUGAUCGACGUUGCUGGACUUUCCCUUCAAUCUAAUCAGAUGUACACAUGUUCUGUACGUGGAAUUGAUAUAAGAAGCGGUAGAAGUGAUCCUCUGACGGCAUUGGUUAAACCACGAUGGUUUGUACCAUCCUUAACAGAUGAAGCGAUAACUGCUUCUUUUUCAAACAAGACGGUCACUUUAAACUGGACGGACGUAUUUGCGAUGACGUCAAACAAUGCCUUCCUUUUUGACGUCAGUGUGGGAACACGGAAAGGAUACAAUGAUGUCAUCGAUAUUAAGAAGACAAGAGAUGCCUUUGUUACUUUUCGUCCGCCUGAAAAUUCUAUCUUGGGUCCAGUUGGGAACGAACUCUUCAUAAACGUUGUGUGCAAAGACAUGCUUGGUCUAUUCACAGUGUAUGAAACAGCCAUUGCAGUUUUAUAGAACGAGUCCAGUUGGAUUAAUUUUAUAUUUGUCAUAUGGCUAUGAACAAGUGUCGCAGUAUAAAAAAUUAUCUACAGUUAAGUUUUUCAUCCGGUCAUAGUAUAGAACUUUUAAUAGAAACUAGGAUUAGGUUAGACUUAAAUAUAUAAUUAUAUUGUUAUAUACAUUUUUACCUGUAAUAUUAAUUUGAGAUGUGUUUUUGAUCAUAUUUAAUUGAGGCUUGUAAGUGUAUGUUCGAUGGACGUCAAUGUGUAUGAAUUAGCUUCCAUUUGUUUAAUUCCUGCAGUACACUGACUUAACUUUACUACACACGAGUGCGUGUUAGUUGUUAUGACUUUUGUUGACCGUUGUGUAUAAUAUGAUUAUUAGACGUAGUGUUAAUAUUUACUCGCCAUAUUAAGAACAUAUAUUUUGAUAUAUUAACAAAUAUACUGAAAUUCAUACACAG